GGAGCAUGGAGGUGGGGAGAGGGUGCUCCUACAAAUCCCAGGGGCUGGAGCAGGCCAGAGCAUCUUUGGGUGGUGGAGUGUGCAGAGGAGGUGACCUGCAGCAGAGGAGUCCCUGUGACUAGCAACCAUGACCUUCUGGGACUUCCGGCAAUGUCGGUCAUAGAACUGUGAGGGGGUCUUAGCUUGUGUCUGCCUUAGCUUGGUAGAGAUGGGGACCCCAAGGACCAGAACGGACCAGCAGGCUGAGGCCCGGUCCUACCUCAGCGAGGAGAUGAUCGCUGAGUUCAAGGCCGCCUUUGACAUGUUUGACGCUGAUGGUGGUGGGGACAUCAGCGUCAAGGAGUUGGGCACGGUGAUGAGGAUGCUGGGCCAGACACCCACCAAAGAGGAGUUGGACGCCAUCAUCGAGGAGGUGGAUGAGGAUGGCAGCGGCACCAUCGACUUCGAGGAGUUCUUGGUCAUGAUGGUGCGCCAGAUGAAAGAGGACGCAAAGGGGAAGAGCGAGGAGGAGCUGGCCGAGUGUUUCCGCAUCUUCGACAGGAACGCAGACGGCUACAUCGACGCCGAGGAGCUGGCUGAGAUCUUCAGGGCCUCUGGGGAGCACGUGACAGACGAGGAGCUCGAAUCCCUGAUGAAGGACGGGGACAAGAACAACGACGGCCGCAUCGACUUCGACGAGUUCCUGAAGAUGAUGGAGGGCGUGCAGUAAGAAGUUGGCCCUCGCCUCCGCCAGACCGCGUGUCCCUCGGGCGUGGGCGGCGCCGCCCCGCCUGGUCCGAUUCCCCGCCUGGGAGGGAGGCGCGACCCCUUCUGGGUCUGUAGUUAGAAGGAAUAAAAGCAAACAUUGCAAAGCG